AUGGCCAUCGCCCUCUGGCCAUCGGUCCUCUCAUACCUCGCCUUUGUCUCAGCAUUCGCCCCGGACAAGAACUUUGUCGUCGCUGUGGUGUCUUGGCUCUCCCUACUCCGGUACUGGAAGCCCUGGGCUGCCGCGACGGCUGACCUACGUCAUGAAGUCGAUCUCGCGAUUGACUUCAUAUUUCUCGCGUGGUUCUGGAUGGGCGUUCCAGUCAUUGUCAUGACAAUCUGGUUCGGCCUGAAGGGGGUUCUUUGUCUUGCCGCCAACGAAAUAGUCCGCCGAAUCCAUGAAGCCAUGGAGUUCGAAUUCGACCUCACGGACUACAUCGUCAAAUGCUACUGCCCCAUGGAGCUUGGGUCCACCGGCGAUCGCGUCGUGGCCCAUCAGAUGGCAGCCUCCAGAACUCCAAAUCUCGUUCUCGUCUUACGCUCGCGCCCUCCCCUGCUCGGCCUCAACAGUGCUGGUCUUGAGGUUAUCCAUCGGGGUAAACGAUCGCGCCGCUCGGUUAAGCCGUCCUUCACAGCGGAGGAGCUGCAGAGCCAAGAACGAUUUAAGAAGUUCGUAAAGGAGCGCGCCAGACAAAUCCUGGCAGCAAAGAAGGAUGGGAGAACCGCCGUUGAGCAACCGGUUAUCGAUCUGAAGCCGACAGCAUCCGACAGCCAAGAGCACGCUUCGCCUGCUCCAUCAGUGCCUCAGUCAAGAGAGACUCCGUCUUCUGCUUGGCCCACUGAUCCCGAGUCUGAGAACGUCGCCGACGACGUAACGAUUGCCAACGGACGAAUAGAGACCGAGGAACCCGCGGACCAGAAGGAGUCCAAAGGUGAAGGUCUGGUCGGACCCGGCCCGAAAGCACCAGAGCCCGAGACCUCAUCUGGGGUGGAAGGUAAUGGCUUGCUGGAGGGUGACGAAGACAGCCGAGCUGAGGAACUGGAAAUCUCGCAUGAGAAGGAAGGUGAAAGCUCCGCCGAGGAACCCAAGUCCUCAUCUAGGGAGGAGGGUGAAGGCCUGCUGUACGAAGUCGACCCAGCCAACGACCCCGAGAUCUCAUUUGAGGUGGAAGGCGAGGCUUCGUCGAGAGCCACGGUACCCGAAGCGGCCCAGGAACUGGAGACCUCGUAUGAGGAGGAAGGUGAAAGCCUGCUGAACAUCGACAUAGCCGCAACCGAGGAACCUGAGACCUCAAUGGAGGUGGAUGGUGAAGGUUGGUCCACCAUUGUGUCUGUCGCGGAGUCGUCGUUUUACGAUGGGCUCCCAGUCACCGGUGGCAACGAGGACGAGACCUCCUAUGGGGUGGACUCCGACGUUGAGAUGGCUGAUGCCGAGACCCUCGCGGGAAUGGCGGUACCAAGGCCAUUAUAUGAUCUGUGUUGGGACAAUUCCAACUCCCAGGAAACCAUCCUGCCAUUGGAAGUUGCCGCGACAUGGUCUUCUGCUAGCCAGGAGCCUGUCAGCUGCGAUGAAACCCGCGGAUGGUUGGACGUGUCGCCUGCUCUCCAGAGCGCUCAGACUGUCGUCGAGGCCCAGUAG